AUGCAGAUCGUGAAGUUAAUUGUACUAAAGACCGAGCAUACUGACACCAUUGCACAAUUGAUGAUUCAAAAACAAACGGAAGGUAAUGCUAUUGAUACUGUCAUGUUGGACUUGGAAGUCAACUGGAGAGAGUUAGAAAUUGAAGCAAUCAAAGCUAAAAUUGAAUGGCUUCGUUAUAAACAAAACAAAUUAGAUAAGCUCCAUUAUGCAGAUAAUAAAAAGCCUCGACCUGAUGAACUUCAAUUAAUAUGUAAAAAAUGGAAUAUAAAUAGUUUUUAUCUUUUUCUCGAUUUAGAAGUAAUGGCUAAACAAGAACAAGUUAGUUUAGGUCCACAAUUAGCUGAAGGAGAACUUAAUUUUGGUGUUGCUCAUAUUUAUGCAAGUUUUAAUGAUACAUUUGUUCAUGUCACUGAUCUUUCCGAAAAAGAAACAAUAGCUCGUGUAACUGGUGGAAUGAAAGUAAAAGCUGAUCGUAUAACUGCCUUACAUGUACGACUUCGUGCAACUGGUGGAAAUAAAACAAAAACAGCUGGACCUGGUGCUCAAUCAGCUCUUCGUGCUCUUGCACGAUCGGGACUCAAAAUUGGAAGAAUUGAGGAUGUAACACCAAUACAUUAG